AUGAGGCAGUUCCAGUCCUUCAGCACCACGGUCGAGCGUGAGCUCGCGGCUGCGCCCACCGCGCGGCCGGCGCGCACGGCGGCCGGCUACGAUGAGCCCGAGAAUUUCCUGGAGGUCGAGGUCCGUGACCCGCGCACCCACUUUCCGCAUGGUGACUCCAACCGCGGCAUGUAUACAGACUACCUAGUUGUGUGCCGCACGAACCUGCCCAGCUUUCCACAGCGCGUGUCGCAGGUUCGCCGCCGCUACAGCGAUUUUGAGUUCUUCAAGCGCUGCCUGUUCAAGGAACUCUCCCUGUCUGCGCACCCGCGGGUCGUGAUCCCCGCGUUGCCCGGCAAGAUACUGUGGGCGAGGCGCUUCCAUGACGAGGUCAUCGAGGAGCGGCGUGAGGGCCUCGCACAGUGGCUAAGCACAGUGGCGGGGCACCCGCUGCUCCAGAGCGGGUCCAAGGUCCUGGUGCGCUUCUUGCAGGACGAAGUGUUCAACGGCUAG